UACUCGCUGCACUGGAGAAUAGAGAUAUUGUUUUGGCAGAAGGAAAAAGAUGGUUAUUAAAUCAACAUUUUAUCACAAAGAACAGUGUUUGCAGGUUUUCAUUCACCAACCGGAGGUAAAGGGUUCUGGACUCUGGUAUCCGCUACAUCUGCCUCAUCCCAAUGGCCUGUCUUCAUUACUGACUGAUGUACCACCAUGAGACCUGAGCAAGACCCAAAGAAACCUAAGGCCAGAUGCCAGCAUGCUGUGGAUCAAAAAUUACCAAUUGAUCCAGCUGUAGACGGUGGUGCAUGGUAUAACAUCAAAGCUGCAUCACAGCGAGGGUCAAGUCCAGCAAAUGAGGAUCUUCAACCAAAGGAUGGAAACUGGAAAGAUUUUCCUCAAAGCGGCAUACCGGUUUGCUUCAAUUCUGGACAUAUUUAUCACCACAUCAUAGAAUCAGUGCAAGAAAAUAGUGAUGUGGAAGAUGAAGGAUUACACUGUCAAACAACAAAACCAUUGAGAAGAGGAAGACAGUUGUUUGAGAGUCAAAAUGUGACCAUGAUGCAGGAUUUAUAUCAAGGUAACCAGUAUCAUGUUAAAGCAAAAGUUCUUGGAAGCAUGCGAAAGAUCACAUACAAUGUUGUGAUAGUUCUCUCCACGAACACUGGGUUUGUGCAAAAUGCUUCCUGUGAGUGUAAGGCUUCCUCACUUGGGCGCUGUAGUCAUGUGGCUGCAGUUCUCUUUGCAAUAGAUGACUGUAAGAACUCCAGAAGUGAUGAAUCCUGUACAAGCAAACCAUGCACCUGGAAUGUUGGCAGGAAGGUGGGCAAAAACCCAAAGUCCAUCACAGAUGCUCAGUAUCCAAACAGAAAGCGGAAGAUGUCUGCUGUAAUAAACUUUGACCCUAGGCCUACUUCUUUGCGGAGGACAUCGCUAACACAUGUGGAGAUGAACAAUUUUGUGAGAGAUCUACAAACUGCAAGUUCUCCUCAGGGUAGUAUGUGGGAGACCAUCAUCCCCAUGCAUUAUGACAACUACACCCUCUCCAUUGAUGAAACAGGCUUGUUACAACAAAAGGUGGGCAUAAUUUGCCAAAAUCUGAUGCCCAGUGUGAGUGGUAUCACAGAACUAUGUUCUGUACAGGGGGAUGAGACUUGGUUUGCUGAGCGCAGACUUAGGGUAACUGCAUCUAUAGCCAAAUCAGUAGUAACAGCUUCAAGUGACUGUGUUAGAGCAAACCUGGUGAAAAGAAAGCUAUGGGAACCACCUGUGAAAGCUGUUAGUCUGGAGUAUGGCCAUGUAAAUGAGGCUAAGGCAAGGCAAAGCUUUGUGGAGAAAUUCCCGAACAUGACAGUUAGAGAGACUGGACUGUGGGUAAACUCUGAGUAUCCCUACCUUGCUGCCUCACCAGAUGGCCUGUUGCAUGACAGAGACUUGGACAGUCACGGGGUGUUGGAAAUAAAAUGCCCCAUAUCACUGAAAGAAGCACAUCCAAAAGACUUCUACACAGCACUGAGCAAGAAACAGCUGGCAGGUUUCUGUUUGAAGGUAGAUGGGGAUGAGGUAACCAUGAGUAAAAAACAUGAGUACUAUUACCAGGUGCAGAUGCAAAUGGGCGUUUUACAGAGAGAGUGGUCCUACUUUGUUAUUUGGAGCCCAAAAGGAAUGAUAGUUAAAAAAAUAUUGUUUGACAAAGAUUUCUUUGACGCUAUGGUUCCUGUUCUGAGAAACUUCCACUGUAAUUACCUGUGCCCAGAGUAUGUAGAAAUGAGACUUCCUAGACACCUUCCGAUUCUGAGUUUGAACUAUUGA